AUGAAAUCUUCAUACCGCGUCCGAUUUGCAAACACCAAAACGGCGCCAUGUGAAUCCCCGAAUUCACCGUCUGGCCCAAAAUGGGACAUCGAGUCAUCAUCGACAGGGGCCAGAUAUCAGAGGAGUCGAUUCGGUUGUAAGGCAUGCAAGGCACGUCGUGUUAAGUGUGAUGAAACAUUCCCUGCCUGUCUACGAUGCCAGCGCCAGAAAUUAGUUUGUCUUUCAACCCAGCGCCCUGUGCAAUGGCAAGAGGAAAUACCAUGGAUGCUUCCCAACACCAAGCGAAUCAGCCUCGCGCCUGGCCCCGCCAACACCAACACCCUUUUGCUACCAUACUGGCUGAAAGUAUGCAGCCAGAUGAUGUGCCUCGAUCCAAGCAACAACCCUCUCUCCUUUCCUCUCUUGGCACAACUCUCCGUAUGUUCCUCGCUAGUUCACGCAGUUCAGAGCGUGAGUGCCGGCCACAAGCACUUUUUUAGCCCCAACAACCUUGAGUACGUUCUUCAAGAACGGGGUCGCGCGAUGAAAAUGCUCGGUAAAGAGCUUCAUAAUACCCAAACGCCCCCUAUCUCCUCCAUCUUUACCGUCUUCCUUCUGGGUAUUUCGGCAACGUGGGCGGACAAUAAACCUGUGAACUAUGGAAAGGAGCAUUUUGCUGCCGCAAAGUCUUUAUUACGCUCACUUCUCAACGACAAAAAGACACGACAGGAUCCCCUUGCGAAGUACCUCGUAGGGUGGUACCUGUACUGGGAUAUGUCUUGCUCUUUCAUCGCAGACCCAGACCCCGUCCCACUGUCACUUGAUGAAGACAGCGAUAUUCUAGAGGUUCUGCUGGAGGCCGGGGAAUCCUACUUUCACCCAAUGAUUGGCUUCAAUGCGGAACUCUACUACCUUAUCGCCUUUGUGGGUCGAUAUUGUCGACGGGCUUUGGCAGGAGAAGACAGGGAUUUUAGUCUAGAGAACUAUCUUGAAGACCGUUUGUUCUCUUGGGCGCCCAUAGACGAGGACAUGGCCCUCUUCAAACUUGGCAUUGCUUAUCGCAAUCAUGGUUUGAUUUUGCUUGCCAAAAUAUGUCCAGCCAAAGAUCGGACCGAUGGCUGGCUGUCAGAGGGUUCUUUGGACACCGUUGACAAUCUAGAAGGAUCUCUCAUCCAGGCAUAUGUGAGAGAGAGUCUCCAGGCCUUGUUAGAAAUGCCAACUCAGCAAGGGUACUUUAACUUUCAGUCAAUACCCCUUCUUACUGUUGGAGCCGAGCUCUCCGAGGGAGAUGUCGAGGGAGAUGUCGACUUGCGGGAUGAGGUUGUCCGGCGCUUCAAGGCUCUUUACUCUUGCAAUCAUAUCAUAGUUAACCUGUGGGCGAUUGAUAUUUUAGAGGAGAUCUGGGCUUUGCGUGACGCUGGUGUGGAAACGUCAUGGGUUGCGCUAUUAUUACAGAAGGGAUGGAGGUUAACCUUUGCGUAA